AUGUACGAACUCAGCUCCGGACAAGUACUAGCAACAUCAUACACCAUGAUGGCGAUAUCAGGCAUAUCCAUUCUUCUCCGAUUCUUUCUGCGAUGGCUAAGGGGCGACCCUCUUCAACUCGAGGAUGGUUUUAUGCUAUUCGCCUUUGUGGGCUUUUACGUCCUCGCCACAAUCACUAUUAUCCUGAUCCCGGCGGCGUAUCGAAUCAUUGCUGCUGGGAAAACCCUUCUGCCGCACGAUGAGAGUUUGCAUGCCGAUGAAGUGUUCCAGCUCAAGGUGUCCUUUGCCAUAUGUGCUACUACACCCUCUGAAUCCAAGUGCAAGUCCACUGACCACGAUUGUGCAGUCAUGGCCCUGCCUAUCUUGUUCCUAUAUAAAGCUCGCUUGACCCGGACAACGUAUCUACGAACAGCCGGAAUCUUCUCUGUCGGUGCUGUAUGCAUUAUUACAGCAAUCUGCCGCGGGUUCACAAUUGGUACUCGAAUGUGGGUGGACACGCCUACUCUCCCAUGGAUCGCUAUUUGGGAAAUGAUUGAAGGCGGCAUAGUGUACUUGAUUCAAUCCACAAAGUCCGCAUCACAAAGAGGCACCGCUGCUGCUUAUGAGCAUCGGUCGCUUGGCGGCGAGGGCAGACUCAGGAACUGGGUUACUACAAAGGUACCUGGGAAGAUCCAACGUAUAUCAGGAUACUACAAGAAUAGGCACAGCCGCUUCAUGGCUGGAAACAUUUUCAUGACUCGAAGUGUCGAGUUCAAAACCCAGCCUGCCCCGUCGGUAUCUCUCCUUUAUCUGGCUUCGAUUGCCAUCACCCGUGCGGCGAGUGCUGCCAAACGACCAUUUAGCAUCCACGACGACGUUCUGGCAUUUCCCCAGUAUGAUGUCCUAUUCCCCGAUGAAUACGUCCUCGAAUCGGAAGCCGACGCAAUUCUACGAUUACAGAAAGAAAGAUUAUCCGGACACUCUACACCCUCAAAUGCCGACUCCGAUAAACGAGACCUACAACACCAUGCGUCACAGAAACCAUUAGGUGGCGGUCAAAGUACUGGUAGCAGAUACGGUGGGGGAGAAAGGGGAGAAGGAGGGUUGGAUUGGGCCCCUGAAGCUUCGUUCGAUUACUUUAGUUACGAAGAAAUGAAACUCGAUGGGCUGCGGUAUCUCUGCAACAUACCUCGAGUUGGUAAUAACGCGGAUAGCAACACAACCUCUAACACAGGCAACGGGGCUACCAGUGACAAGACAACGGAAGAAAAUGAAAUAGCGCGAGCUACAGAUCGGGGGCUGGAAUUACUGCAGGAGAUGGAGGGUACAUGCAUGUACUACGUCUCUGGGUGGUGGUCAUACUCGUUCUGCUACCAGAAGCAGAUCAAACAAUUCCAUGCUAGGUCUGGUGCGGGAGUACCAAACUACCCGCCUAUAGAAGAUCCGACAUCUCAUUCUUUCGUGCUCGGGAAAUUUCAACAAGACGAUGAUGAAGACGGGGAGUCUGACCCUAGCGGCAAAGAGACAACGAGUAAGAGCACCGCAGAACUCCAGACCAAAGGCGAAUCAAGAUAUUUGGUCCAAAGAUUGGCGGGAGGAACCAUCUGUGAUCUUACGGGUGCUGAGCGCAAGGUGGAAGUACAAUUUCAUUGCCAUCCGCAAUCCACAGAUCGAAUCGGAUGGAUCAAAGAGAUCACCACCUGCUCUUACCUGAUGGUCAUUUACACGCCGCGGUUAUGCCACGAUGUCGCAUUCCAACUUCCUCAGCCAGAGGAUAUCCAUUCAAUCCAAUGCCGAGAGAUACUGGCACCAGAGGAGAUUGAAGACUUCGAAGCCAUGAAAGCCCAUCAUGAAAGCCAAAAGCUGGUUAAUUCCGGCGCCUCCGAGUCCCAAAUCAUUGGUGGGAUUGAGGUCGGUGCCAUGAAACAGGUCGGGUCCGAAGGCAAGGUGAUUCAAAAGGGCCGCAUGGCAAAGAUUGGCGAGGAGUCUGUUGAAGUCGUUGCCAAGAGAGAGGGCGGCAAGCUGACCCAGCUAUCGAAGGAGGAACUUAAAAAGUGGGAUUUGGACCCUAAGGAAGUAGAAUCUUUCCAGAAACAACUAGAUGAGAUGACCGAUGGCAAGGAUUGGAAGUUGGAAUUGGUGGAGAGGAACGGGGAUCGUAUCGUUCAAGCAAUUGUCGAUUCAAAUGCGGAGGAUGAUGGAAAGAACGGGGAUGCAGAUGGAGAUGGAGCAUCAAGCGGGAAACAGUCCAAACUCGGAAAUGACGGGGAAACUAGUAACGACAACGAUGAUCAACAGGAACAACCGGCGUCGAAAGAAGAAGAUCUCCCGUCAGAGCAGGAAUUGGGCAGUGAGGAAACUUUUAAAGAUGAACUGUGA